AUGGUCUCCCGAUUAGACGCUCCUCAGCCUGUGUUCGCGUUCCCGCCCCUCGAUUCCAUCCCUGAUGGACCGGAAGACAACCCUGUGGAAGGAAAGGCGCCUAGCGAAGUCGGCGCCUUGCAGCUACCUGAACUCAUCUUCGGCGCUGCGCCUCUUAACAGCUCGUACAACAAGGAAGAGUACCUCGAGAGCGAUGUUCCAUUGCGCACCGUCAGGCUUGCUCUCCGCUACGGCAUCAAGGCAUUCGAUACGUCCGCGUAUUAUGGCCCAUCGGAGAUCGUCCUGGGCACCGUGCUGAAAUCGCUCGAGGCUGAAUUUCCUCGACUCUCGUACAAAAUUAUGACUAAAUGCGGACGUUACGGCCCAUGGGACUUCGACUACUCCCCGGCGACUAUAAGAGCGUCGGUCAUGCGAAGCCUCGAGCGACUCAAUACGCCCUACCUCGACGUUGUCUUCCUUCACGACCUCGAGUUCGUCGCGACGCCCGUACCCCCGCCUACUGCCGCAGAGGGUUCCUCCGGUAGACAUGCGCUAGCCCUCACAGAAAAGGUGGCAGAAUAUGGGCUUGAGCCCGGGAGCGAGGGUAAAGUAUGGGGCGAGGGCGACCAGAAGGUGCUGGACGCGAUCGCGGAAAUGCGCAAGAUGCAGGAUGAAGGGUUGAUCAAGAACGUCGGCAUCGCAGGUUAUCCACUCCCUACGCUCCUCCGCAUCGCCCUUCUCGUUCUGCACAAGACCGGAAAACCCCUCGACGCCCUUCUCUCCUACUCGCACCUCAACCUCCAGAACCAGUCGCUCCUCGCCUUCGCCCCGGCCCUCACAGAACGCGCCAAGAUCUCCCAGCUCGUCGCCGCCUCUCCACUUAACAUGGGUCUCCUCACGGGUAAUACGCCCACUUGGCACCCAGCGCCCCAGGCGCUCAAAGCCGCGCGCGACAAGGCGAUCCAGAUUUCCUCCGAGAAUGGUUCGACGCUGCCUGACGUCGCGCUGGGAUAUGCGUACAGGCUCGCGAAUGAGAACGGCUGGCCUAUGAUCGCAGGGUUGAGUACGCCAGACGAAGUGCAUGCGAGUGUCAAAGCGUGGAGAGCCGCGAAAGAGGGCGGGCAAGUGAAUGAGGCGUUGGAGAAGGAAGUACGGAGGAUAUUCGAUGAGGCAGGAUAUGCAGAAUGGUCUUGGUCGUCGCCGGAUAAAGCUUGA